AUGAUAAAUUAAGAUUUACAGUAGGGUUUGCAUUCAGAUUUCCAAAAUGGAUCAGCAGUUUAAGAUUAGUCCAAAUAGAAUUAAGGAAGCUGUUAGUAAAAAUAACUAAAGAAGUCAAGUGAAGGUAGCGUUCAUACUAUAAAUUCUAUUUCUACUAGCAAUAAAAUUGCAUAUGAUAACUCUAUUGAUGAAUUCAGUCGCUAAUAAAUUCCAUCUGAAAACGACAUGUCUAAGGGUUUGAUUAAAUAAAAUAAUUAAAAUUUAAAUAAACACUUAAAGGCUAUACCAGAAAUGUCUCCUUUCAAGUCAUUGGCUGAUAAGAAUAUGCCCGUAUAGUCUUAAUAGCCAAGAAAAUUUUAGUAUGCCAAAAUAAAUAAUAAUUCUAUUUGUAUAGAAAAGCUAGAAUUUAAAAUUAACUAACCUAAAAAGGAUUAACUUGGUUAGUAAAGCAAAGGUGUUUUAGCUAAUUAAAUUUUUUUAAAUUAAAAUGUAGCUUUCUCUCACAGUACUGAAAAUUAUUCAUAGCUAAAGUAACUUGAUAAAUUUUCUCCCUAAAAUAGAUUAAACUUCUACAAUACAUCUUAAAGAAGGUAAACUGCAUAGGAAUUCAUUAAAGCUCAAGGUUAACGCGCAACAAUAAGCGAAUCUCCUAAAAAGAGCUUCAGGUAUUCUAAAAUAUUUAAUAGCUAGCCAUACACAAAAGACAACUCUAACAAUACUUCUUAGCCUUAAUUAAAUAACAAUAAUUCACUAGCUAGCUUGAACAAUAACAGAAGCAAUAUCUAGUAUAAUACAACAAACAGGAAUGGAAGUCUUGAGUCAGAAAACUUAAAAAACAAGGAGUGCGUUUAUAUAGUUAGAUAGAGAUAAAUUUCAGAAUAAAAAGAUAACUCAAGUAUCCAAAGCGUUGCUUAAAAAGUUAUUGAAAUAACGAAAAAUUAACAGGAAUAUUUGUAGAAUAUGCAAAAAUAAUAUAGCUCCAAUUAGAGUAUUAAUUUUAAUUAAUCUUAUUUGCAAUUUCCUACUAUAUAAUAAUAAUAAUAAUAAUAAUAAUAACAACAAUAUCUUCUUCAAGGCUAAUAGUAGUAGGGAUAGCUUUUCAUUAACUCAAAUACACCUAAAAAAUAGAUUUUUAUUUAAAAUUAACAAGUUUAAUAAAUUCCAAAUUUAACUCCUUAACAAUAAAAUUUUUCUUAUCAGCCUACUAGAAACUUAUCAUUUCAAUCAAUAUUUGUUCCUUAAUAAUAAAAUUUCACAAAUCUUAUGUUGUAAUAAUAAUAAUAAUAAUAAUAGCUAAAUUAAUUUCAUUUAAUCAAUAAUUAAAAUUUGUUUUAGGCUUUAAAUGUUAAUAGAAGCUAUUCAUAAGUUGGAUAAGAACAACCUCAGCGCUCUUUUUCAACUGGUUAAAAUCCUUAUUUUAUAUAGCAAAGAAGAAUUUUUACUGAAAAUUCUCAAAGAGAUUUUUCUCCUCAAUUUAGUGGUAAAGCAAAUAGUUUAAAACUAACCUAAGGAAAGACUUAGCAAUUUGAAGCAAUUAACAAAAAGUAAAUACAAAAACAGCUCUCAACUUCCAAUGAAUGCAUAAAUUAAUAAGAGAAUUCCAAUUAAAAAUAAAUUCUUUUGCUUAAUUAAGAAAUUCAAAAUAAAAAUGAUCUAAAUUAAAUGCAUAGACAGACUAUAGGUAGUUCUAUUAGAAGUAGUGUUAAAACAUAAGAUAUUUCAAAGUAAGCCGAAUAAUUUUAAAAUUUUUCUUAAGGCUAGACUCCUGUUAUGAAUGAUGAGAAUAAGAACAGAGAUACAGUUUCGUCUUUGAAUUCAUUUGGUAAUCCUACAAAAUUUACAGUUAUUGGAUAAGGUAUUGGAGCAAGGUUUUCUUUUUGUAAAAAUCAAGGAUCUCAGCAAGAUAUUCAAAGUAGUUAACUUCAAGAAUAAAAUAUUUUGAAAGAAAAAAAUUAAGAUAAAAAAUCUGAGCCUACUAAUUUAAAAAAAUAAAAUGCAUUUUAAAAUGAAAAUAAAAGUAACGUUCCAUAACAAAAAGGAAAUUUAAAAGAAAAUGAAGAAAUAAAUUUGACUAAUUAGAUAACUGAGAAAUCUACAGCAGCUGGAUUAACUACAAUAUAAUCAGAUUUUGAUUAGCUAAAUACCAAAGGAGCAUUUAUAAAUAAUUACUAAUCUCUGAAAGUCUAGAAUGAAACUUCUAAGUUAAGCUGUGACAGAAGUUCAUAGAGAAAAUCACUUACUUCUGGCCCUGUUAGUAGCAUUUACUCUCCGUUAAAGAACUAUUUCAAAGAAAGUAACUUAUAAUAAAAAUAAAAUAUGCUCUAAUUAAACGAAGAUUAAGUUCCAAUAACUCCUGUUUCUAUGAUGCAGCAAAACAAAGCAGAGCAAUAAAAUAAUAUUUUAAAGAUGUAAAAUAAUAGAGAAGAAGCAGCUGAUCCUUUAGAAAUGUAUCCAUCUUAAUAUGAUCCAAAUGAAAAUCUACAAAGAGAAAAUAGAUUACUCUCUUUCAAAAAGCAAGAUUUAAAUAAAGCUUCAGAUAAAAAUUUAAGAAUGACCACCACUGAUGAGUAAGAUUAAAAUAACAACUAAUUUUAGAGUAAUAAUAGUAUCUUUUAGGUGCAAUUAUAACGAAAUUCUUCAUCAGGAAAAAAGUUUUCUUUAAAUAAGCUUAAAUAAAUAAUAACAUCAGACACAAAAAAUGCAGAGUGCAGCUAAUAUAUCGAUUAAUACACUAACUCAAAAAAUAAAGAACUAAUUGAAAAGCAUAAAAGUAGAAUAUAAAGGAUUUACAACACUACUAUGACUAAUACAAGUGCAGAUAAUCACUUUUAUGAUAGGAUUCUAUCUUCCUUUGAAAAAAACUCAGCUAUGGCUCGUAAUACGGAUAAUAGGUACAGUCAUUCUGUUUCAAGAAACUAUUCUAGCUGGAAUCCUUUUUACAUCUAGGAAAAUAAUUAAGCUAAUUAAUCCUUUGAUAGAUCCAACAAAAUAGUUUAAAUUCAGCAAAUUUUCCAAAAUUAAGGUUAAAACUUAUCUUUAACACCUGUUAACUUAAGCCUAAAUAACAACAAUGUUAAUAAUAAUAAUUUCAUAAAAGAAUCAUCUAUAAAUGUUAAACCUUUUACAGUUUCCUCAUUUUAAGCUACUCCUAUAAAUAAGCAGUAAGAAAAUAGAGAUAACAACAGUUUCCUAGUUUAAGAAUAUUCUUCAUAGACUAAAACUAUGCUUGGAUUAGUCAAUUAAUAAAAUUCUAAUAUUUUUAUGGAGAAACAGCAAGCUUUAGAGAAUUUACCAGCUAAUAAAAUGAUUAACGAUCCUGAAGAAAAUAAAAAAUUUUAACGCAACAUGGUUUUGUCAGUUUAACCUGCUGCAAAAUAAAUAAAUGAAGAAGUAGAAUCAAAAAGGACAUUCUUAGAGUCAGACCGCUAAGCUCCUCCUGCUUAGCUGCUUUAAACAUGCUAUUCUUAUGAAAGCAAAUUUAAACCAUCUCCUAAAUACUAAUAAAAAUCGAAUUAUUAAUCUUUAAUGUAAAAUACAUAAGAGAAGUAAGGUUUAAAUUAAAAUAUUAGUGAGAAUAAUAUAAAAUAAUUUUAACAAGAUUAACAUUUUGAAUAAAACCUUAAUUUGUAAUAAAUAUAAGAUAAACCAAAAGAGAAUAUAAAUACUUUAUUCAAUAGAAAUAGGUCUGCUUCUUCUGGAUUUGUUUAUUAGAAUGCAAAUUAAUCAAAUGGGACUUAUAACAACUACUAUUCUGAAAAACAAAUAACAGAUAAGCAAACAUCUCCUACUUAAGAUUUGCCAAUUACAAAAUAGCUGCAACAAAAAUAUUAGCAAGCAAUUCACUCAUUCAAUGAAAAGUAAGAGAUAUUUGCAAAUCAAUUAAAACCAAAACUGUAAAAUGGACAAGGAGUAGAACUAAAUAACCAUAUAAAAUAAGGAUAGGAUUCUUUCCAAUCUUUUACUUUUACUCGUAAAAAGAGUGCAACUGAAUUAUCUAAAAGUAAUAUCAACUCAAAAAAUUCUCUAAAUCUGUCUGUUGAAUUAAAAAAGAAAUCUCUCUUUCUUCCUCCUAAGCCACAAUAGCAGUAACAACCAAAUAAUAAUAAUAACACUUCUUAAUCCUCUACUUUAUAGAAUUAAAGUUAUGAGGACAUUAAAAAAGGAUAGAGUGUAUAAAAUGUGGAUGCUAAAAAUUAAAAGAACUAAAUCUUUAAGAAUCCAAGAUCUAUAAAAGACUCUAUAAUAAAUGGCAGAUAAACAUUUUCUCAAUCAUUUGAAGAUGUUAAAAACAGUGAACUCUUUGUUUAAUCUUUAAGUUCACCCUUAGUAAAACUCUCAGAUAUUUGUCAUAAUAAGUCUUACACUACAGCUUACAUAAAUGCUAAAGAGACAAAAUUCAAUGGUUAAAAUGUAAGCGGACAAAGACUUAAAACUUUUGAAGAUAAUUAUGAUUUUAAUUAAUCUUCCAACUAUAAUAGCUUGCAACUUUAUAGUCAUAAAAAGUAAGGUAACUCAUAACAUUCCUUCUUAGAUAAGGAAAUAGGUAAUAAGAUAAUUCAGAUUAAUACUGAUUAGCACAUUCUCGAUGUAAACUAAGAAGAAGAUAAAGAAAAUACUUAAGAAUCUAUUAUAAAAUCUAACAAAUUUCCUCUAUUCUAAGAAUUUUUUAGUAGCAUUUAAAAAGAAUACUAAAAUAACCUAAAAGAAAACCAAGUUCUAUAACAAAGAUAAUAUAAUAGCAAUUUAUCAACACAAGAAGCAAGUUAUUUGUAAAGUCAAUAAUGCCAAUUAAAAAAUAAUUCAUCAACUUCUUCAUAGGGCUAAAAAAUGCAUCAAUAUGAUGAAGUCAAAGAGGCAAACUCAUCUAAAAAUUACUCAUAAAAAAGUGAUUUAAUUUGUUCAUAUUCUUCAUACUAAUCCUAACAGACUAAGUAAGUAGAUUCAUAAUUUAUUAGAAAUGAAGAAAAUCAAGUAAAAUUGGUUUAAUCUUCGUAAGCUAGUAUCAGAUAAAACUUGAAGGCAUAGAAUUUAAAAAGCUAUUAACAGUCUAAGUCUUGCACUGAUAAUGAUUCCUCAUUAUUUAAUAAAUCAAGUUCAACUAUCCCUCAUAAUGAUUAAAGCAACUGUAAAAGUAUUUCAGAUUCUGUUUUAAAUAAAAUUGAUUCUAAUCUACUUAAGGAAAAGCCUUUUAUCAACAGUAAAAGUAAUGAUAAUUCUUGCAAUUAAUCUUAGCUAACAUAGUAAAAGAGAUAAAUCAAAUAAAGAGUAUUUUAAAAAGAAGAAAAUAAAUUUUCUUAAAUAAAAUAAUAAUAAAAAGAUGCUUUAGAGGCUUAAAGUUAAAUCAGAACAGUUACUAAUAAUAGCUUUAGUUAAUCUUAAUAACGAAGUUAAAUGAAAAAUUAAAAGUAAAACAAUGAUUCUUAUAUACAUUCAAAAGACAAUUCUGUUAAUAAUAUAAGAUAAAAUGCAACAGAAAAUAACUCAAAUAACUCAAAUAAGUAAAUUUAUACUAAUAACAAUAAUUCAAAAUUAAAUAUUCAGUAAAGCAGUAAUAAUAAAAUUAAUUAGUCAACAUUACAGCAAAAUAACGUUCUCACAAAUAAUGUUUAAAAUACUCAGCCAUAUGGAACUUAAAGUAACGUACCUACUUAGCAUAGCUUAUAAAAUACUUCUAAUAAUAUAUCUAAAAUAACAGACUGCUCAAAUAGUAAAUUAAUUUAGAUAUUUAUGGCAAAUUCACAAUUAGAUUUACUAACAGGAGGUAAUAAUAGUAAAAAUAAAAGCUAAUUGAAUUCUAAACAAACUAAAUAAAAUGAAAACUUAACAAAAGAUUAAAGCUAUUUAAAUGACUUACUAACAGCUAAUUAAAAAUUGGCUUAGUCUAUUUAAUAGCAAUUUAAAUAAUAGCAAGAGUAAAAUCAUUAAAAUAGUACUAAUUUAUGCUUAAACUGCAAUAAAUUAAUACCAUCUAAAGACUAUAUAAAUCAUUCCUAGGUUUGCAGCAUUGACAAUAAUCAAUAAUAAUUUAAAAAUAUAAACUUAAAAGGUGAUGAUCAUCCUAAUAAAUUGAAUCAAAACGAUAACUUAAAUUACCUACAUUAAAAGUAAAUUGAAUGUAAUAAAAAUUUAGAGUUAGUGAAAUUAUAAGCCCAUUAAAAACUUCACAGUGGAGAAACGUUUUCUGCAUCUAGGCUUUGCUUAUAUGUUAAUUUUUUUAUUGAAUGUCUUAACUUGAUAAUUAUAAACAACUAAAGUUACAAAGAACUUAAAAGCAGUCUAAACGAUCUUACAGCCAUUAUGGAAAAAAUAGCAAUCUCUGGUGAAGAUGAUCAUACAGAACAAUUUUUAGCAUUUGCUCAUAAAGGUUAUGAAAUAGGAUUAUAAAAAUUAGGCAUUAUUAAAAGGCUUAAAUGA